UCCCCACAUGGAGGGGUUCCCAAAUUCAUCGAACUGGGAUACCCGAAGUGCCUUGACACAGAUUCUACCAAGCCGCCACCUUCACCCGGAGCUUCAGCCCUCCCACCCGGAACAUGGAAUCCAAAGUAGUCAUUGUUACCGGCGCAAGCCGCGGCAUCGGCCUUGCUGUGGCCCAAUCCCUGCUGGCAGCGUCCCACAAAGUUGUACUUGUUUCUCGAUCUGCCGACCAGCUCCAAGAGCUGAAGGAACGCUAUCCUACACAGGUUGCGUUCCUUGCGGCCGAUAUGACGGUCGCCGAUACAGCAUGGAAAGUAACGGAACUCGCCGUUCUCACGUUCGGCAAGAUAGACGGGGUUGUGGUCAACCAUGGCAUGCUCUCUCCUAUGACACGGCUCGAAAACGCCUCGGUUGAGGAGUGGAAGAAGCUCUACGACGCGAACUUUUUCAGCGCGCUUGCACUUACAAAGGAAGCGAUUCCUCACAUUCGCGCUUCGAAGGGUCGAAUGGUCUUCGUCUCUUCGGGUGCCGCGACGGGUGCUUACACGUCCUGGGGGGCUUACGGCUCUUCUAAGGCUGCGCUGAACUCACUGGUACGGCAUGUGGCUGUCGAAGAGCCAGACGUGACCGCAGUGGCAAUCAGCCCAGGCCGCGUCGAUACGGACAUGCAAAAAGAGCUCCGGGAGAAGGGCACCGAAAUGUCGAAGAACGACUACGAAACUUUUUCAACGGCCUUCCAAGAAGGCAAGUUGAUCAAACCAGAAAUGACCGGCCGCAUCAUUGCAACACUAGUUCUGGACGCCAGACCGGAGCUUUCUGGGAAGUAUUUCAAAUGGGACGCAGCGGAGUUGGUCGAGUAUCGCGAGUCGUAACGGAAACCUAGUAAUCUGCCCGCUUGUUGGUCAGCAUUGAACACGCUAUAGACAGAGGUUCAAGGCGGGUUGGAAAAGGGCAAUCAGGGGUAAAGAAGGCUU